AUAGCCAAAAUGAUAUUUGAUUCUAACUCAUGAUUGGAAAGUCACACAAAACUAGACUACUAUUACUACGUGUCAACAUCACGCUUCCUAAACAAGCGCGUCGGCAGAGCUUUUUCUCUUUGCCAUCCUUCCUCCCCUUUCCUUCCCUCUCUUUGCCUUUAAUCCCUUCUAAUCCGUCCUUUUCUCUCCUCGCCCUCUUCAAAGUCUUCUCUUCCACCUCAUCAUUUCCCUUCCCAAACACACCCGACCGAACGCUUUUUCCUUUUUGUGCUUAAAUUCAAAGCAAUCCCCUUCUCUCCCCUCUCCCACUCUCUUUGAAUACCAAAACAAAGUAACACUUUUUUCUUUCCUUUCUUUUUUCCCCACCAUGACAGACAGGGUUUACCCUUCAUACAAACAAGCCACAAAUGGCACUGCCACCACCACCGCCGCCAACCCUUCCUUUCCCGCUACUAAAGCUCAACUCUACGGAGCUUCUCGCCCUCUCUACCGCCCAAAACCUAACCGCCACAGUUACCGUCGCUCCUGCUGUUGUUCUUGUUGCCUUUGGACCACCGUAGCAAUCCUCCUCCUUAUCCUCCUAGCUGCCAUAGCUGGUGCUGUUUUGUACGUCCUUUACCGCCCUCACCGCCCUACUUUCACCGUUUCCUCCCUCAAAGUCUCAACUCUUAACAUAACCUCAGCUUCCAAGCUCGACACCAACAUCAACCUCAACAUCACAGCCAAAAACCCGAACAAGAAACUCGUCUACAUUUACGACCCCAUCACCAUAUCUCUCAUCACAAACGACGGCAUCGAUAUUGGGGAUGGUUCAUUGGGCUCCUUUGUGCAUGGCACUAAAAACACUACCCUAUUGAAAGCUGCCAUAACUAGCAACCAAGAACUAGAUGACACGUCAGCUGGGAAGUUAAAGACUGCUUUAAAGAGCAACAACGGGCUGCCAUUAAAGAUAAAUCUCGACACUAAAGUGAAAGCAAAGAUGGGAGCAUUGAAGACACCAAAGCUUAGGACUAGGGUUGUUUGUGAAGGGAUUAAAGCUACUGUUCCGACGGGGAAAUCAGCAACCCCAGCUUCAACUUCUGAUGCAAAGUGUAAGGUUGAUUUGAGGCUCAAGAUCUGGAAAUGGGCUUUCUGAUGAGAAUUGAGAAGAAAAAAAGGUGUGGUGUUUAUUUUAUUUUAUUUUUUGUCUUUGCUUUUUUUUUUUUUUUUUAAAUCGUGUUUUCAUUUUUAGGUUAUAAUAUGUUGUGUAAAUUUGGUGAUUGAUUGCAAUAACAGAACAUAGAAAAUUGUAAUGUAUACAUUUUUAUCUUUUAAAUAUUUUUUUGGCCUUUCGAUUUUUGUUGUUAGUCCUUGUUCAUUAGUGUACAAAUUUCUCUUUUCCAAUGGAGCCAAUUUGUAGUAUAACAAGUCUUUUCUUUAAGUUACAGAAAAAAUUUUUAUAAGAUAAUAGCAAUGUUUAUAAUUUUUUGUUUGGGACUAUGUAUCUUAGA